UGCGGGCUGCGGGCUGCGGGAGCCGGCCGGCGUUGUGUUUUUCCUCUAGUACCGUUUCAUCGUGAACGUAAAAAGAGUAAGGAGAAAACUACGAAGAAAAAGAAAAGAGGAAACAUGAAUGUUGGAGUUGCCCACAGUGAAGUGAAUCCAAAUACCCGUGUAAUGAACAGCAGGGGUAUGUGGCUGACAUAUGCACUGGGAGUUGGCUUGCUUCAUAUUGUCUUACUAAGCAUUCCCUUCUUCAGUGUUCCUGUUGCUUGGACCUUAACAAAUAUUAUACAUAAUCUGGGGAUGUAUGUAUUUUUGCAUGCAGUGAAAGGAACACCUUUUGAAACUCCUGAUCAGGGUAAAGCAAGGCUCCUAACUCAUUGGGAACAACUGGACUACGGAGUACAAUUUACAUCUUCACGGAAGUUUUUCACAAUUUCUCCAAUAAUUCUAUAUUUUCUGGCAAGUUUCUAUACGAAGUAUGAUCCAACUCACUUCAUCCUGAACACAGCUUCUCUUCUGAGCGUGCUUAUUCCCAAAAUGCCACAACUACAUGGUGUUCGGAUCUUUGGAAUUAAUAAGUAUUGAAAUGUUUUGCAACUGAACAAAAUUGUUAACAGCUACUGAGUUUCCUGUAAGGAAGGAGUAGUUAGUAAACUGCACUGUUUGUGUGAUAAUGUGAAAUGAGAGGUAUUUACAUUGAAGGACCAACUGCUGGUUCUUCAUAUGGUGUCUUGAAGUGCAGAAUUCUAAAAGAUGCCUCUGUUUAUGCAUCUGGUAUAUUUCUGAAGAGAGGCUUUAUAGGUAGGCUGGGCAGGCCCAGUUUAUAAGUUAAUGGCAGUACAGUGAGGGUACAGUAGAUAAACCCAAGGAAAUAAGAGAUUUAUAAGAGACUAGGACCAGCUUACAGUAGGCAUUAUGUUAAGAAAAGAAAAUUUCCAAUCAUUCAGUCACAGUCAGUUUAAGCAGGCUUACAUGUAAACCAGAAUCAUCUCUGUACAUGUUUAUUAUAGAUUAUUUUUAUUACCAUACACAUUCCCCUCUCUUUUAUAUGAGCCAGUUCCUACCUUACAAGUAUACUUUUUUGGUUUUGUCAGCUUAGUAUUGUGUGUUGAUAGAUGAGUCAUUUUUGCAUUUGUUACAUUACAGAGUUCAUGAAGGUCCACCUUCAUGAUUGAUUGGGGAUAGAAGAUAGCCAGGUACCUUACAGGCAGCUGCUGAGUUAGCAUUCUAGUUUUAGAACAAAGUGGGUUUUACUGCUUUUCCAGACACAGGACUGAACCAAUUAAGAGAAUAAUUUAUUUCAAAUAGUUCAAAAUAUAUGGUAAUUUAAAAGUAUCUGUUUAUUUGGUAAAGUCUGUCAUUCUUUUGAAAAGGAAAUAUAAAACAGACAACUAUAUAGCCACCUGUAGUCUGGCAGAAACUGGUUCUCUACCAAGAGUAUUAAGUAAGCAAUGGAGUCUUUAUUUAGCAGGCCUGACAUAAAAGAUAACAUUGUCUUUUUUGAAUCUUCCUAUUUGUCAAUCCCCAUAGUUUGCCCAUAAGUAUGUUGCCUCUUAAAUAAUGUGGGUAGGACUUAGUGUAGAUAACCCCAAAUGGUAACUAUUUCCAUAGCAGCAACUAUAUUGAAUUCUUGUGACUUAGGAAAGUGUCGUAUAGUUGCUAACAUUAAUUACAAGAAAUAACUAUAUGCUACCUUGAGAAGUAAAUACAUCAAAAAAAGUUCUGAUAUAUGGUAAUUGAAAAUUCAGUAACAUAAAAUUGAGUGAAAAAUGUUGUUGACCAACUUAAAUUUGUGUCAAUAAAGUGACUUGUAGGGGUAGUAAGCAUUGUUUUGUAUUUCAAAAAUAUUGAGUUAGAAAAUCAGUUAUAUGAGACUGCCUUUGUAUGUUUGCUUUUUCCCAUGUAUUUUGAAAUAACUGGUAGUCUAUACUUUAAUAAAAAUUUUCCUUG